AUGCGUCCUCUGCCCGCAAGCGACCACAGCGGAGGGCCCCUCGCCAUGCUGGGAUUUGCGCUGUUUGCAGCCGUACCCACAGGGGCGUUCUCUUCCCCCAUGUAUUUGUCCCCCGAAAGCCAGCCCAGUGCUCCCGAGGUGACUCUGCCCGCCGCUCCCUCACCCGCCAGCGCACUGCUGCAGAAAAGCGUCCAGGACAGCAUUUUUGACAUUGAGAAUACCCACCCGAAUAUGAGGCCUUGCUACCUAAGUACACCGGGAGGACUAUGUGGGGAGACUCCGGAUGAUCUCUUGCAUCCAGACGGACUCUUCUGUCCGGAGGACUACCCCCGCUGUGCCCUGAAGUUCGGCGUCCCCGUGCGCUACGAAUGCAGCAAGCAGAGCAUGGACGAUGACAAAACUGCCUUCGGAGGGGGCAAGUGCAACUGCAAGUUCUACGGCAACAACUGCCCAGUGAACUCGACCUGCUUGGACUCCGUGCAAGGCCCCUACUGCGAGUGCGACGACGGGUAUGUCAAAAGCUCUGCGGGGGAAUGCAAGGCGGAUCCCACGUAUUCCGCAGUUGCGGCAGCAGAGACCGCUGUGGCCUUCGAGGAUUUGCCGCACUCCCUUAAGCCCUGUAUUCUUCACGGCUUGAAUGAGAGCUGCGGGUGGGCGCUCCUGGCAGACGACGUGCAGCGCAACGUUUACUGUUCCAGCGACUUAUGCUGUGUGCCGAGCGACGCGGACGGACGGGUUUGCUCCGACAACUGCAGUGGCAUUUCGAACGCGUACUCCUUUGGGGCAUGCACCUGCAGUGACAAGCAAGGGAGCUGCCCCUCCAACAUGAAGUGCGUGGACAGCCCCAAAGGGUCUUACUGCAAAUGCAUCGAGGGCACUUACAGCCUAGAAAAGAAGGCGUGCGUGGUCGUCGUACUUCCAGACACUGCAGCUCCCAGCAACUCAGCGCAGCCAGUCUGUGGACCCCAGGACUGCCGCCCCGGCUUCUGCUCAGAGCGCAACGGGAAGAUUCUGUGCGAUUGUGUAGAAGUGCACCAGCGAAACACCACUACCACCAGCACAACAUGCGGUUACUUGGUUUGGCAUUUGCCACCUUUAGCUAAAGGGAUAAAACGAAAGAGCACUGGCCGCGCUAGGGCCAGAUGGUGCACUCAAAGAACUGCAGUUCUAAGGUGUCGCAGUUACGCUAGGAGGCGACAGCCGGAAACAGCCUAG